AUGUUCCGCCGACGAAGGAGCUCGUCGCAUCAUCAUCAGCCGCUAUCUUCCUCGUCCGCUCAAUCCGCCCAGUCCGCCGCCAGCCAUGCUUUCCUUAAAUCCCGACCCUCCUCGUCGAGUCUCUCCUCCGCGGCCGCCGCGACAGCCCUCCGGAACCUGACGCCCCCUCCCACCGACGUCGAGCAUGUCCAGACGAAGCGCAUGCUCCAACGGCAGUCGUCUGUCUCCUCCCAACCGAGUGCCUCCGCACCCCUGCGCUCCCCCAGCCGUACGAGUCUUCGUCGAAGCAAUAGCUCGAAUUCCAUGAGCACGCGGACCUUUCGGGAACAAUCCCCUCGUCGUCCGCUCUCCAGCUCCGGGCCUGGUCCGGUGAACAACGCGCCGCCUAUUCCGUCGAUUCCGAAAGAGUAUAAGGGGCGAGAUGCCCCCGUCCGGCGGUCGGUCAGCGUCGGAGUGCCAAUGCGGUCGUCGCCCCCCGCGAAGCAUCCGUCGGGACGCGGAGGGAGCGUCGACCGUGAGAAUAUGCGAACGGGGAGUCCUAGCUUAUAUACGGUCCCCGAAGCCCAGAGAACGGGGAGCAGGAGUUCCGUCAAUUUCUCCUACCCCAUUAAUUCGCGCCCCACCUCUCCGUCUCAUUCUCCCGAGGCACCCGAUGGGCGCGAUGUGUCGACAGGCGCAUUGCUGGCCGACCGGUUGGCCGGACUGGAUGCCUCCAAGGGUCCGAGUAUCCCGUCGCAGACGGCAAACACCUCCGCUAGAAGACGGACUAGGAGUUCUAGUCCUGGAAGCCCCGGGAAGGGUACGCCGCCCGUGACCACCGCUGUUGCUGCGGCACAGGCCGCCAUCGUUCCUCCUUCGCCACCAGCCACGACGGAACACCGCGAACCAGAGCCGCGGGACACUCGGGAAUCGAUUCCAGGGUCUCCGUCUCGUCCCGCCCUGAUGAAACGACCGUCUGUUGUGCGCGAGGAUUAUCAGGGCGAAGAACAAGCCGAGGCCAGUGCUCCAUUGACGAUCAAUUCGACCGCGCGAACCGGAAGGGUGACGCCAGAGGGCCCUUCGACAACCAGGGCACCCCAGACACCGGAAACGAGAAGAGAACCCCUGCCAAGCUCGGUCGUCAGCUCUCCGGAAUCGACAAGCUCGGCCGAUGUUGGCCGUGGACUCCAGCCGUCGCCGAUGCGACAGGCCGGCAACAGUCCUGGCAGAUCGACCCGUUUCUCCACGCAGUUGUCCGUGACUGGGCUCCCCGGAGAACAUCUGCAUAAGCCGCCGCCUAGAUCGGUAUCUCCUGUGAAGUCGGCAAUGAAGAGCUCGAGAAUGAGUUCAUCAUUAUCGCCGGACGGGCGGGCUGCAGUACUACGACCUGGUCCGCCACUCAGUGAAAUAUCGGACGGUACGUCCGUCGGGUCCGAUGACGGCUCCAAGCAAGGCUUCCGUAAGAAGACGGCCAAAGUCAGCUUCGACGACGAGGCAGAGGUUGUUGGAGUGGCGGCCAGCCCGCCGACGUCACCUGAAUCGGUUGUCCCUGACUCGCCCCCGGGAAGCUCGAAAGCUAAGUCUAAAUCGCAUUGGUUUGCACUGGGCAAGAAGAAGUCCCAUGCGCGCGAUGCGACCGUGCCGGACGAAUUCGAUGAAGUGCUCAAACCGCGGCGCGCCCUGCCUUCCUUCGGAAGUAUACGAGGCGCUAGAGAUGGUGAACAACCGGAGCCGGCGCGGCACGAAUUCAGUGAUAACGAAUCGACGACCUCGUCGGAGCCUAAUUUGGCAGCGCCGGACUGGUCGUUCUCUAAUGAUCAUGCCGUCGGAGCAAUCAUUUCCCAUAACGAACAUAAUGAUACUACUGAUCAUAAUGAACCAACUAUGCCCGCCGAAGCUACUACAAAGAGCACGUACCCAAAUCAGUCGAGCCAGAUUUCAUCUGUGGACGAAGCGAAGGAUCCGGUACAUGAAGACACAUUGAAUCAUCCAACCUCCAGUCCUGCUCUUGAUGUGCCUGGGAUCGCGGUCCAGCCGGCGACACCGGAACUCGAGAAGGAAAGGUCUAGCCUCGAUUGGUGCACGGUGCCAGGGGGCUUUCCCCGGGCUUCACUGGAAUCUAAGAGUUCAAGUCGACGCAAGGGCAAGAAGGCAGUUGGCAAUGCUGUCCAAGAUCAGGACACCGAUGACGAGUCGGGCGAAAGUAUCUACAGUGACGCCGAGGAGGGGUUUGACGGCGAUGGGUUUGGCUCUAUCAAUGCUAUUGUGGACAGCAGUGCAGGGCCGAUCAAGGAUGACCUUGUUGACACCAACCAGGAGUCAACGAAAAAUGAUUGGGCUGGUGACCGAGCUUCUGACUCCACGCUUGAGAUACCUGAGGCCUGCCAGAUCGCUCGCGUUGAGACGCCCGUCCGAGAUGCCUCGCCUCCACCACGUGCAAGGUCCCCUGACUCGCCACAAGAACCUUUGCCAUUCUCUUCUCCCUACCCUCCUUCCCCCACGCGGCCCAGUGCCAAAAAGAGCAAUACGGAAGAACAAGUCCCGCGACCAUCGAUGGUAGCAAACUCCGCCCCACGAUCCAUGUCAGCCGACGCCAACGAGGGUCCUGCACCUCAAGAUAUAGUUGCCAGCCAGAAUGGCGGAACUCGUUCGUCGUCUGCGGCUGGGCAGAAACCGGCGAAAGCCAGGCCUACUUCGUGGGGUAAAGGUCUCCUUAAAAGCAAAGAGGCCGUCGCCGAGGAAAGACAGCAAGCCAAUGGCAAUGGUGCUCAUCUUUCUCAGCGACGACUGUCAAACGGGAGCGACUCGUCCAGCAGCUUCGUACGAUCCAGCCGCCCAGCUCGCGCGAGUCCGCAGUAUAGCAUGCGACGGACCAUGCGGGGGAUCCCUCCCCCUCACAUGCAAUCAGCGUCCUCUAUGCAGCAAAAGUCGCCCCCUCCGGAUAUGAGGCCCCAGUCGUCGGGUUCUGGCACCUCCAGUGCUCUCCGCACGACUCUACGAGGAAACGAGGGACGGCGCGAGAAACCGUCAUUCUUCUCUACGGGGAAGAUGCAAAAGGCCAAGGUUGCCAAAGCGCCCGGGCCAUUAUUCGCGUCUCGGUAUCCCGAUUCCGACGAGGAACAGGGUGCCGGCAAGAAUGUACGUCCGUGGCAAAGCCGCUAUGAGAAUUCGAGCGACGACGAGCCGGAAAUGAAUAAUCUCCGCCCGGUCCGCGGCAUCCCCCGUCGGGCGGGCAAAGAUGACGGGGACUCGACCGAGCUGGAAGACAGCUCGGACGGCGAACGACACCGGCCGGCAGCCCCUACAGCUGUCCGCAAACCGAGUGAGCCCGCCUCUCCCAAGAACCCGGCGCUCGCCGCGGUUGCCAAGUCUCGCGGAAUGACCGAGAAAGAGGCGGAAGACUUCCUCCGUCGGCCUACUAUUGAACGGCGACCGAGUCUAUUCCACCGCCUGAGCAUUAGAAAACCCAAGCCCUCGGCCGAGCGAGGAAGCACCGGCAAACUAGGCAAGCUGGAUUCUUGCCAUGUGCGGGAGGAGCCACCGUUGGAUCCAAAUCAAGGCCAUACCGUCACCACCUGUACGGCGAGCCCUGAUCCUCCUGCCUCGCCCAAGCUCCUCAAGAGAGGUGCCUACCGAUCCUCCGGCGGAGAAAGCUGGCCGCUUCGAGGCCCUCCGAAGGAACUGAUCAAUGGCAACUACGGGUCUGAACGACCCCAGACGGCCGACGGAGCCGGCCCAAACGGCGUGAGCGACAGGGUAGCCCCUGUGUCUAAAGAGAACGAGAAUCCCCUGGGCCUUUCAGGCCUGAAAAGUGACGGCCAACAACCUGUGGCCGACAAUCAUUCCACCCCUCGCAAGAAGCGAUUCCCUAAGAUCAGAAAAGCAUUUGGUCUCCGAAGCUAG